GAAACUUUUUGAAAGGACCGGCAAUUACAUUCACUCACUGGUCUUCUCUCCCUCUCUCCUGAGUUUUCAGCUCAUAAAAGCUCCUUCUUUUAUUACAAAAAAAAAAUGGAAAACAAAAAGUUCAUUCUUUUUCUACAAAGAUCGAUUAUUUCUUAACUCCUUCGGCUUGGUAUUUGUUAGAGUUUCUUCCUGUCUUUCAUCUUCUUCCAGGGUUUGUAGGGAAGAGCUAGAGAGAGAGUGAUGAAGGAACUCUUGUGGGUAUGGUUUGUGGCAGGGCUUGUUUUGGGGAUGGAGACAAAUGGGUACUUAGAUUUCAAUGUGACAGAACUAGAUCGCAUUGAGGAAUUAGAGUAUGGAGUCUCCAAGUUUAGCUCCGAUCUCAAUCCAUUAAUGGUAGGACUCACCCUCAUCAGAGGAGCUGCUGCUAAAGGAGCUGUUUGUUUGGAUGGAACAUUGCCUGGAUAUCACUUACACCGUGGACAUGGAUCCGGAUCCAAUAGUUGGCUCAUUCACUUGGAGGGAGGAGGAUGGUGCAAUAACAUUAGGAACUGUGUCUACAGAAAGAAGACUCGUCGUGGAUCCUCCACGUACAUGGAGAAGCAGAUUCAGUUCACAGGAAUUCUUAGUGAUAAAGCUCAAGAAAACCCAGACUUUUUCAACUGGAACAGAGUGAAGCUACGGUACUGUGAUGGCGCUUCCUUCAGCGGGGAUAGCCAGAAUCAGGCUGCACAGCUUCAGUUCAGAGGAGAGCGUAUAUGGAGAGCUGCCAUGGACGAUCUGAUGGAGAACGGAAUGCGAUAUGCAAAACAGGCCCUUCUAUCAGGAUGCUCUGCUGGCGGUCUAGCCGCGAUUCUGCAUUGCGAUGAGUUCGGGAAUUUAUUCCCGCCAACUACCAAAGUGAAGUGCUUGAGCGAUGCGGGCUUUUUCUUGGACACACCCGAUGUUUCUGGUGGCCGUACGAUCAGGAAUUUAUACAAUGGUGUUGUACAGUUGCAGGGUGUGACGAACAACCUGCCUCGUGUAUGCACAAACCAUCUCGAUCCAACAUCGUGCUUCUUCCCUCAAAACUUGAUCAGUCAGAUCAAGACCCCGCUUUUUAUCGUCAAUGCAGCAUACGAUACAUGGCAGAUUCAAAGCAGUAUCGCACCGCCGACUGCAGAUCCUAUUGGUUAUUGGCGUGACUGCAGAUUAAACCACGGGAGAUGUACUCCGGCACAAAUCCAGUUCUUGCAAGGGUUCAGGAAUCAGAUGCUGAGGACAGUCGGAGGAUUCUUGGAGUCUAAACAAAACGGUUUGUUCAUCAACUCCUGCUUCGCUCACUGCCAAACCGAGAGGCAGGAUACGUGGUUCGCGGAUGAUUCUCCCGUUAUCCAGAAAACAGCGGUGGCCAUAGCGGUGGGAGAUUGGUAUUUCGACAGAGCAGAAGUGAAGCUGAUAGAUUGUCCGUACCCCUGUGACAAGAGUUGCCACAAUCUUGUCUUCAGAUAGAUUCUAUCUUUAUUUCCAUUUUCUUAUACGUAGAAGAAUUUCUUUGUCAUCUAAUUUUAUCCUUUUUGUAUCCGUACCAAUGCCUCAUUGGUAAAAAAAAAAAAUACAGUUCAUGUUUUCUGAAAGACAAUCAAUAAUCUCAAACGUUGUUGAAGAACUUGAAAUGAAA